AUGUCUUUCCAAAUGCCGCACACACAGUCGCUCUCCCCACAUAAUCGAGAAUGGCGCGCUUCGACGGCUCGACGCAACAUCUCAAACCCAUACAGCCUCGCCAUACCCCCAAAUAGCAAGCGAACAUCCAGGGAUGUCCGAAUACCCAGCAUACCGCCGAGCGAAUACGAGAUAUCCAUACGACCUUCAUUCAAGAGUUCCACAAGUUCCGAUACAUUGGAAGUACCCAAAAAAGCAGUCAUUGCACCCUCGAAGCUUCGGUCGGAUGGAUACGCUGAAAAGGAUUAUAUGGAAGUGUUUGCUGGCUGCGAAGAAUACCAACCUGAAUAUGAGCCGCUUCCGAAACAAUCGAGGAUAUAUGGCAUGCUCAAAGACCGGUUCAUUGCGCUGUCCGUGACGUUUGGGAUUGCGGUCAUUUUGGCGAUUGCGAUACCAUUAGGUAUCAUACUGCCUCAGAGAUUGAUCAAGCCGUUGCCGAUCAACGUGUUGAUACCGUUCUAUAUGUAUCCAGCGCCUGGAGCGUGGGAGCCAUUGUUCGAAGCAAUUGGCAAACAUGUCGAUGCGAAUUUCACGGUAGUUAUAAAUCCCGCCGACGGCCCUGGUCCUGCGGUGUGGCCGACUGGGGAGUAUCUUAGCGUCGUCAAGGCUUUGAACAAAUAUUCCAAUGUGCAAACGCUAGGUUACAUUGACACCGCAAGAGGGGCCGUCGACAAUGCAACGGUGCGCAAGGAGAUCGAGACAUAUGCGGGCUGGUCCAAUGUCAGUUCAGACCUGACGCUGGCUGGGAUUUUCUUUGAUCAAACGCCGUACAAAAUGGACAACGAGUCAGUUGCAUACCGGUAUUUGACGAAUAUCAGCGCGAUCGUGCGACACUCUGAUGGCUUCGGUGGCAAUUCGCUCGUCGUGCAUAACCCCGGGCGGGUACCUGACGCAAGUCUAAUGGGGUCAAUGCCAAAUUUGACCGUCAUCUUCGAAGGUGAAUAUGUUAAUAUGCCACGAAAGGAAAACCUGAACAGCAAGUUGGACGGGUUGAGACAAAACAGGAAGGAUCUCGCGAUGCUGGUGCAUUCUGUUCCACGAGGUCUCGGAAAUACAGGCUUGAGAAGGAUAAUUGAUGAUGUGAGGAGAGAUGUUGAGUGGCUAUGUCUCACGGAUCUGACGGAGAAGGUGUAUGAAGGUUAUGGAACGUUGCUAAAGCAGUGGUUAGAGGUAAUCUGGUGA